AUGGAGAAUGUGGGAGACAAUUCUUCAUCAUCUGUGGGGGAUCCAAUCUCCACAAGGGAAGUUAAUCUUGGUCCAAGUGGUCCAAGAUUAGUCAUAGAACUUCCUGCAAUGCCAGCAGAGUUCAAAUUGACUGGAUACAAUUUGAUUCGAUGGUCAAAAUAUGUUCGAGAGGUAUUUACUGGAAGAGGGGUGUUACAUCAUUUGAUUGAGGGGAAACCGGAUCCAUUGUCUCGAGAAUUUCGUAGAUGGAGAGAAAAAGAUGCAUUAAUUAAAACCUGGUUUUGGGGAACAAUGAUUCCCCAAAUUGGCCGAGAUUUUUUCUUUCUAUCUACAGUCAAAGAUAUGUGGGAAACAGUUCACACGAAAUUCUCACAAAGAAAUAAUGAGGCACAUUUAUAUGAACUUGAGACAAAAUCCAUGUCCACAAUUCAAGGAAAUAAAUCUAUGAUGGAAUAUACAGGACAACUGAAAAAUUUAUGGCAGGAAAUCGAUUAUUAUCUCAGCAUUGAUACAGAAAAACCUGCAGAAAUUGUUGUCCUAUGA